AUGGCCGACCCGCUUUCUAUCGGUGCUUCAGUAGUUGGAUUGAUAUCGACAGCUACGCAGGUUUCAUUAGUUAUGCUUGACUUCAUUGAUAACGUUAAGGAUAUCGAUGCACCAAUUUUGGCUCGGCAUGUUAUGAGUGAGGUUUACGCCAUCAAGGUCGCAAUAUCCACUCUUCAGGGAUAUCUCUGGGGUGAGACGAGUACCACUGGCUCGCAAGAAUCCAUGAUCCUCGUGGAGCACUUAGCUGUCGUCUUGACUGGAUGUGUGUUUACCUUCGUCGAACUUGAGAAGGAGGCUAGCGCUCUGAAAUCAAGUUACAAUAUGAAGAUAUUAGAACGGGCGAAAUGGGCACAUAUACUACAAAGUCAAAACAAUGCACAAGCCGAACAAAAUUCGGGCAAGCUCUGCGUAUCCGUCAAUGAGAUAUUGAACACCCAGAAGGACAUCCUCAAGCGGCUCGAAAGAUUGGAAAUAGGAAUGGACGCAGUAGGAUCAGAUCCAGUAGCCGGAGGAGAUGAUCUAGAUACAACAGACAACCCUAGCAAAUGGGUAGCAUUGCACAUAGCGGCAGAACGUGGGCACGAAAGUGUAGUCCGAUUAUUACUCGAUAACGGGGCAAACACGUCAGCAGUUACAAAGCCUAAUGGAUGGACGCCUUUGCACCUAGCAGCAAAAAAUGGACGAAAGGAUGUGGUUCAACUUCUACUCCGUAAAGGGGCAGAUAUCUCAACAGUAACGAACGAUGAUCAGCUCACGGCGUUAGACUUAGCAUUUGUAUAUGGAUAUGAUGAUAUUGCCAAUAUGCUAUCAUCUAAACCCAAGGAAGACGUACUAUCGAAUCGAGACUGGACUAGAACUGCUGUCUACAAGGAGUUUAUGAAUAUUCCUAAAGAUUAUGUCGGGCCAACCAUUUACUACGGAACCCAAUCGAGUUCUCUUGGAAAGCACCCUCCAGCAGAUGGAAAGUUUCCUGUAGAUAUGAGUAACUGGGCAGCGACCCACGGUGCUUCUUCAUUAUCGUGA